CCACAGAUGACUGAUGCCAAGUCCGAAUCUAAGAAGAAAUGUAGACAGUACAGUGUUGAUUAUUUGAAAUUUGGCUUCAUUCCAUCAUUGCCGGACAAACAAUCGCUUAUGUGCCUUUUAUGCAACAAAGUUUUGAGCAAUGACGCUAUUAAACCAUCUAAACUGCACGAUCAUCUGAGAAGAUGCCACCCUGAUAAAACAGAGAAAGAUUUGAAAUACUUUCAAACACUCAAAGAUAAAUUUCAGAAGAGACCUACACUGGACAGAAUGUUCGCUUCGACGUCACAAAGAAAUGAUGACGGUUUGCGGGGGUCUUACAAUAUCUCGUUACUUCUAUCGGAGAGAAGUUAAUUUUGCCAGCCGUUGAAGAGGUUUUAAAGACUGUUUUACACAAACCUGCAUCUGAUAUCUUAAAAGAAUUCCCUUAAGCAACAAUACUGUUGAAAGACGUAUUGAUGAAAUGAGUUCUGAUAUUGAAAGCUUCUUAUGUA